AUUGCCAUUCACUUUCUACACUGACAUGUGAGCAUUUCAGAUUGGUUACAACUUUUAUGAUGCCACAAAUUGCAAUUAAACCAAAUGAAUCCACAAUAAGAGUGCCGUUCGAGACGCCACGGUUGGCCGAGAUCGCCUACAAAGUGCUCAGUGUCGACCAGGAGCCGCGCCGGAAUUUCGUGCAGAAAACUUUGAGCCUGGAUGAGGAUGUCCUGGUUGUGCGUUUCCAGGCGGAUCAAGUGAAAAGCCUACGCACCGCCAUCACCUCCUUCUUCGAGGGCCUGCUCCUCUGUCAGGACACCAUCAAGCAGUUCGCAGACACUACGGAAGAUAAACUAAUCCCCGAGAGCAACGACAAUGCCGGAACACACUCCGGCUCCGACUCCGCAUAGGGCGGUCUAUGGUUUCGCCUUCUAUAUGCUGUUCACCGUCCUCUUCCUGGUCUACGUGAGUUGGGCCCUGCUGCCAGUGGAGUUUGGUCUGCACUCGUAUUUGCCGGACAAGUAUUUCGCAGUAUUUGUGCCCUUUCUGGUGCUGGUAUUCGCCUGGUUCUUUGCCUUUCUCAUCUACCCAGCCA